CUCUUUUUCUUUAUUUUUUUUCCCUAAAGAAUAUAAAUUUUGGGCGAACCCCUGUUUCACCAUCCCCACCCUAAAUUAUUCCAUUUAUUUGUCCCUGAAAUCAGGUAAUCCUUCUUCAUUGUUCAUCCGCAAUCAUCCUUCUCAGUGAUUUUGAACUCUGUUACUUGAUGGGCUUCCAGGAAUUUUCUACAAUUAUCUGCAUUUAAUAGCUGAUUAUUGGAUCUCUGAGUAACCCAUUCAGUUUAAUAUUUAGUAAUUGGGUGUAUUGUACAAUUCUCAAUUUUUAGUGGCAUUUUGAACGGCAAUAGAUUGUAUCAGAUCUGGCUGGGUUGAUUUAGGGAUAUCUUGAAGUGGGUUCUAUUGAUUUAUGCUGUGUGUUGCUUCACAUACUUCAAAGUGAAACCAAUUGAGCCUUUAGAUUGAUCCAAGUGUGUAUUUGACUAUAUCAAGUCAUAAGUUUUUGGAAAUUAAAGUUUGAAAUUCCAUUGCAGAGUGUUUGGAUUGGUCUAGAUGGGGAAACCAUUACUUUAUGAGAUAUGGGAAAAGCCAGCUACAAGUUGUAUAAUAGGAUUAUGUAGUGCAAUAUGGUUCUAUAUACAGAAGAAGAACAUUGGGUAUUCAAAUGUGGGCUUGAGUUAUGAUACUGCAGUGGAAGGUCACCACUGGAGGAUAAUAACAUCGGCUUUAUCACAUAUUAGUGUUCUUCAUCUUGUUUUCAAUAUGAGUGCUCUUUGGAGCCUCGGGAUCAUUGAGCAGUUAGGCCAUAUGGGUCUUGGUUUGGAGUAUUAUCUUCAUUAUUCACUGGUAUUGGUUGUUUUAUCGGGAAUGCUAGUUCUCGGGUUGUACCAUGUUUUGAUCCAAAAGUUCAAGAUAGACUACUUUAGGAGAGUGACCGCAGUUGGGUAUUCAUGUGUUGUUUUUGGGUGGAUGACAAUUUUGUCAGUGAAACAGCCCUCGUCUAAAUUGGAUCUUUUUGGAUUUCUGUCACUUCCCAUCAGUUUUGCCCCAUUUGAAUCCCUCAUUUUUACCUCUAUAAUUGUUCCCCAAGCGAGUUUCCUUGGUCAUUUGUCAGGAAUCAUUUGUGGAUAUUCUAUCGCCUGGGGUUUGAUCCAUGGAAUGAACAAUUAUUGGGCGGUAUCUAUGCUGGGGUGGAUCAUGCUUGUACUUAUUUUUAGCUUGAAAAAGUCUGGUACAUAUGAUUUCAGCUUUCUCGAGAUCGAAUCGGUGACAGAUCCUUCCAUGCCGUCUGUGCGUUUCAUAUCUUCGGGGAAUGAUAGAACCUUGCAGAUGAGCACAUUGCCAGAAGUCAGUACAGAUACUGUCUAGCUUUCGAGAGAAAUAUUGCUCUUUAUUUUGCAUUUAUACUUAAAUUCUUCGGAUUUAUCUGGUCAUUUAGCUAUUGCUAUGAUAAGGUGACUCUUCUGGGAGGCUGCUUUUACUGCUUUUCAGAUUAGCAUGAAUGUCAAGUAUCUUAUGAAACUAUAAGGAGGAGUCACUGGUAACCUUCAUUUUUCACUCCUCUUUAAGAUGUGUUUAGAAGCUUCUCCAAUUUGUUGAAUCUUGGUCCUAAACUUAGCAGCCAUUGUGCUCGUGUACCAAUUUUUUACAAUCUUAAUUUCCUCAAUUAUGAACAGUUGGAUAUAGGAUGAGGGAAAUUCAUUUGCUAUUGA